GGGAGGGGGGAGGAGAGAAGCAGGAGUACAGCUGCUAGUGGUUCUCUAUCUCUUCCCCUUCCCUAUCACUCUCCAGCAGUCCCUCUAUUGGUACCCAGCUGCACACAUUCCCAGCAGCAGCAUCCCUGCCCGCCGAAAGUGGCAUCCCUGCCCCGGUCACUGCUGCCUGCACCCAGCACUGCGCUCUCAUCAUCCCCGUCCUGCUCCGGAUCAGGUGACGGUGUCCUCUGCUGCUGCUGUGCCACCCCAGACGCCCUGGGGAUUCCUGUAUGUCCGCAAAGGGCAGGAAAUGCAAGGAGCUGCCCGCUGCCAGGGUCAGCUUCCCGGACCUGGGAGAACACGGGGGCUGGCUGGCAAGAAAUGGGGGUCAGUGGGCUCCACUGCCACAGCCCAAGGGAGUGCUGGUCCUGCCUGCGGAGAGUAGUUCCUUCGUGGCUGGGGGAUCUCACAGUGACUGCCACCAAUUCCACUCUCUAGCAGGUGAUGGGAGCCCAUCUAUGAGGAGAGUGACCAUGAUAAGAGAGAAGGGACGGAGACAGGCCGUCCGAGGCCCAGCAUUUAUGUUUAACAACAGAGGCCCAAACCUGACAGCAGAGGAGGAACGCUUUCUUGAUGCCGCAGAAUAUGGGAACAUUCCUGUGGUGAGAAAGAUGCUGGAGGAGUCAAAGACAUUGAAUGUCAAUUGUGUGGAUUACAUGGGACAAAAUGCCCUACAGCUAGCAGUAGGGAAUGAACAUUUAGAGGUGACUGAGCUUUUGCUGAAAAAGGAGAACUUGGCACGGAUAGGAGAUGCCUUGCUUCUUGCAAUUAGCAAAGGGUAUGUAAGGAUAGUGGAAGCCAUUUUGAAUCAUUCUGCAUUUGCUGCAAACAAAAGACUCACCCUCAGCCCAAGUGAGCAGGAGCUACAGGAUGAUGAUUUUUACUCCUACGAUGAAGAUGGCACUAGGUUCUCUCCAGAUAUCACACCCAUCAUCCUUGCUGCCCACUGUCAAAAAUAUGAAGUUGUGCAUAUGUUGUUGAUAAAAGGAGCGAAGAUAGAACGUCCCCAUGACUACUUCUGCAAGUGCAAUGACUGCACUGAGAAACAAAAGCAUGACUCAUUCAGCCACUCCAGAUCCAGAAUAAAUGCCUACAAGGGACUGGCAAGUCCGGCUUACCUGUCCCUUUCCAGUGAGGAUCCUGUACACACAGCCCUGGAGCUGAGCAAUGAACUAGCCAAGUUGGCCAAUAUCGAAAAGGAAUUUAAGAAUGACUAUCGCAAAUUAUCUAUGCAAUGCAAGGACUUUGUGGUUGGGGUCCUUGAUUUGUGCCGGGACUCUGAAGAGGUUGAGGCUAUCUUAAAUGGUGAUGUGGAUGCUGAGCCCAUAGAUGCCCACAGACCUUCACUAAGCCGAGUUAAACUGGCCAUUAAGUAUGAAGUUAAGAAGUUUGUUGCACAUCCCAAUUGCCAGCAGCAACUUUUAACCAUUUGGUAUGAAAAUCUCUCAGGAUUACGAGAACAGACCAUUGCUAUCAAGUGCUUGGUUGUACUGGUCGUUGCCCUGGGGCUCCCAUUGCUUGCUGUUGGAUACUGGAUUGCUCCUUGCAGCCGGUUCGGCAAGGUUCUCCGCAGCCCUUUCAUGAAAUUUGUGGCACACGCCGCAUCAUUUAUCAUUUUCCUGUGCCUGCUCGUCUUUAAUGCAUCUGACAGAUUCGAAGGCAUUAAAACGCUACCAAACAUCACUGUCAUUGAAUACCCAAAGCAGAUCUUUAGAGUGAAGACCACAAGAUUCACAUGGACAGAAAUGCUCAUCAUGGUGUGGGUUCUAGGAAUGAUGUGGUCUGAAUGCAAGGAGCUGUGGCUGGAAGGACCAAGGGAAUAUGUGCUGCAGCUAUGGAAUGUUCUGGAUUUUGGGAUGCUCUCUAUAUUUAUUGCAGCAUUUACUGCAAGGCUUCUAGCUUUUAUGCAAGCCACCAAAGCCCAACAGUACGUGGAUAAAAAUAUCCUAGAAAGUGACCUUUCUUUGGUUACCCUUCCUCCUGAAGUUGAGUAUUUUACCUACGCCAGAGAUAAAUGGCUGCCGUCUGAUCCGCAGAUCAUAUCUGAAGGCCUAUAUGCCAUAGCUGUCGUGCUGAGCUUCUCACGCAUAGCCUACAUCCUGCCAGCCAAUGAGAGCUUUGGGCCGCUACAGAUAUCACUAGGAAGAACAGUGAAGGACAUCUUUAAGUUUAUGGUCCUCUUCAUUAUGGUGUUUCUAGCAUUCAUGAUUGGGAUGUUUAUCCUGUAUUCAUAUUACCUUGGAGCUAAAGUGAAUUCUGCCUUUACAACUGUGGAAGAGAGUUUCAAAACCCUGUUCUGGUCAAUAUUCGGCUUGUCUGAAGUUACUUCUGUUGUUUUGAAAUACGACCACAAGUUUAUAGAGAACAUCGGCUAUGUACUUUACGGCAUCUACAAUGUAACAAUGGUGGUGGUCCUUCUAAAUAUGUUAAUUGCCAUGAUUAACAGCUCAUAUCAAGAAAUAGAGGAUGAUAGCGAUGUGGAAUGGAAAUUUGCUCGAUCUAAGUUAUGGUUAUCAUAUUUUGAUGAUGGAAAAACAUUGCCUCCUCCAUUCAGCGUUGUUCCAACUCCAAAAUCCUUUGUGUAUCUCAUUCUGAGAAUCUUCAACCUCUCAAAAUGUAGAACAAGAAAGUUACAGAAAGACAUUGAAAUAGGAAUGGGUGACUCUAAAUCCAGGUUAAAUCUGUUUUCUCAGUCUAAUGCCAAGGUUUUUGAGUCUCGCAGUUUCAACAGUAUUCUGAAUCAGCCGUCUCGCUAUCAACAAAUAAUGAAAAGACUUAUAAAAAGAUAUGUACUGAGAGCACAAGUGGACAAAGAGAAUGAUGAAGUGAAUGAAGGUGAAUUAAAGGAAAUAAAACAAGAUAUAUCCAGCCUGCGCUAUGAACUCUUAGAAGACAAGUCACAAGCAACUGAAGAGUUAUCGACAUUGAUUCAUAAACUAAGUGAGAAGCUAAGUCCCAGCGUGCUGCGGUGUGAGUGACAAACAGACCUGGGAGGUUUAUCGGUAGCACACACAAUGGCAAUAAACUAAAAGUAUCCCAUACUUGAAGAUAAAA